AUGAAGGUGCUGUGCAGCGCGUGCGAGGCGGCGGAGGCCAGCGUCCUCUGCUGCGCCGACGAGGCCGCGCUGUGCGCGCGCUGCGACCGCGAGGUCCACGCCGCCAACCGCCUCGCCGGGAAGCACCAGCGCCUCCCGCUCCUCGCCCCCGGCGGCGGGGUGGCGGCCCCGGCCGCGCUGGCCUCGCCGCCGGCGCCGGCGCCGCCCAAGUGCGACAUAUGCCAGGAGUGCCACGCCUACUUCUUCUGCCUCGAGGACCGCGCGCUGCUCUGCCGGAGCUGCGACGUCGCCGUGCACACCGCCAACGCCUUCGUCUCCACGCACCGCCGCUUCCUCCUCACGGGUGUCCAGGUCGGCCAGGAGCAGGACGACCACUGCCCGGAGCACCCACCGGAGCCGUCUCCUCCUCCGCCGCCGCCGGCGGCGAAGAGCGACCCGGCCCCGCUCUUCGGCGGCGAGGGGGGAGGGUUCAGCUGGGACGCCGCCGACACGCAGGACGCGGCCGCGAGCAGCCUCCCCGACUGGUCGGUCGUCAACGAGCAGUUCGGCUCCCCGGCGCCGCCGUGCCACACGGAGACGGCGCCGGCGGCCGCCAUGACUCCCCCGCCGCCGAAGAGGAGCCCCCGCGCGCCGGCGGCGUUCGGCGGCCAGGGCGGCAUGAUGGACUGGCCCCUCGGCGAGUUCUUCGGCGGCUUCACCGACUUCAACGGCGGCUUCGGCUUCGGCGACAGCGGCACCUCCAAGGCGGACAGCGGGAAGCUGGGAAGCAGCACCGACGGCUCGCCGUACUACCGGUCGUCGUCGGAGGAGAACCAGAACGACGACGAGCUCUUCGGGCAGGUGCCAGAGAUCCAGUGGUCGGAGCCGGAGCUCCCCUCCCCGCCGACGGCCUCGGGGCUCCACUGGCACCGCCUCCCGGCCAACGCACGCGGCCGCGGCCGCGACAGCACCGCCGCCUUCGUGCCGGACAUCUGCUCCCCGGACGGCUCCCUCCGGCACUGCUUCCCGGCCACCUCCAAGCGCCGCAGGCAACGGUAGCCAGCCGGCGCAUGCAUCGACCGACGACGAGCAAGAAGAUGAUGACAACCUUGGCGAGACUAGAGGAUGGAUCCGUCCAUGUGGCCGCCAUGUGCGUCCUGUCCAUGACCGCGAUUGCUCGAGUUCUUGCUGCUGCUGCUAGCUAUCAACUGGCGAGACGUCGACACGAUUGCACUGCCAUGCAUGUAGUGUGGUAGUACCUUUCAUGGCGAUGGCGCCACCAAAAAUGUUGGUAGGAUCUGAGUAGCUGCUGCCUGCUACUAGCUCGAACUCUCCUGGUGGCUGGUUGUUGACGAUGAUUGAUCUGUUGCCAUUUCUGGUGGCAUCGAAGCCACUGUUGGGGGAGAUCGAUUGCAGUACAGUAUCAGUGUACAGUGUCAUUCUACAGCAUCUGAUUCCCCUGAACUCUGGAAAGAAGAACAGGAAGAGAGCCUCUGCUUUUUUUUUUUUACAGCCGAAACUGGCCAUGUUUAGUUUUAAAAA